AUGAAUCAGUUACAUGUUUUCUUCUUUCCAUUGUUGGCUCCAGGACAUAUGAUUCCAACCUUGGACAUGGCCAAGCUUUUCAUUUCCAGGGGUGUGAAGACAACUAUAAUUGCCACUCCUGGAUUUGAUAAACUGAUAGAAAAUGCCAGGGAAUCAGGAUGUGAUAUUGGGAUGCAUGUGCUGAAAUUUCCUCCAGAAAAAUCUGAGUUGCCUGAUGAAAUCAAGAGCCUUGACCAAAUAUCAGAUGAUUUGAUUCCCAUGUUUGCAAAAGCCCUGGAAUUGCUCCAGGAACCCGUUGAAAAACUCCUGGAAGAAUUUCAUCCAGAUUGUCUUGUUGCAGAUAUGUUCUUUCCAUGGGCUGUUGAUUCUGCAGCCAAAUUUGAUAUCCCAAGGUUGGUUUUUCAUGGAACAUGUUAUCUCUCACUAUGCUCUUCAGAACACAUGAGGAUUUACGAGCCUUUCAAGAAUGUAUCAUCGGAUUCUGAACAAUUUGUCCUGCCCGAUCUUCCCCACGAGCUCAAGUUUACAAGACCUCAAGUGGUGUUUCAUUUUGAUCAAGAAGAAAUACAAAAUGAUUUCACAAAGCAGCUUAUCAGAAUACAAGAAUCAGAGACCAGAAGCUAUGGAGUUCUUGUCAACAGCUUCUACGAGCUGGAACCUGAUUAUGCUGACCAUUACAGGAAAGUUUUGAGAAGAAAAGCAUGGCAUAUAGGCCCACUUUUGCUAUGCAAUAAGGGAGGAGAAGAAUAUAAAGCACAGAGAGGAAAAGAAUCCGCCAUCGAUGAAGAUGAGUGCUUGGAAUGGCUCAACUCCAAGGACCCAAAUUCUGUAGUUUAUGUCUGUUUUGGAAGUUUGGCAACCUUUACUGAAAAACAAUUACAUGAAAUUGCAAACGGUCUUGACAUCUCCGGCCAGAAAUUCAUUUGGGUUGUUAGAAAAGGCAAGAACCAAGAAGAAGAUGAAACAGAAAACUGGCUGCCGGAAGGAUUUGAGGAAAGAACAAAAGAUAAAGGACUGAUCAUUAGAGGGUGGGCACCCCAACUUUCGAUUCUUGAAAACAAAGCAGUAGGGGGUUUUGUAACACAUUGCGGAUGGAAUUCAACCCUUGAAGGAGUGUGUUCGGGGGUGCCCAUGGUGACAUGGCCAAUUUUCGCAGAGCAGUUUUUCAAUGAGAAAUUGGUGACAGAUGUUUUAAGAAUUGGAGUUUCUGUUGGGAAUAAGCAAUGGAAGAGAAUGGGAAGUGAAGGCAUUGAAAGGGAAGCCAUAGACACGGCAAUUCGGCGCAUUAUGGAAGGAGAAGAAGGUGCAGAAAUGAGAAGACGAGCACAAGAAUAUAAAGAGAAAGCAAGAAAGGCUGUUGAAGAAGAUGGAUCUUCUUACACUGACUUGAAUGCUUUGUUUGAAGAAUUGAGUGCGAUCAAGGUUGGCCAGCGAGACAAUAGAGAUAAGCUUUAUCGUACAAAGGAAACAAUAUGA